UUCUACUAUUGGAUAAGUAUAAUAUUUGGUUGACUGACAGACAAUUUUUAGAAAGAAGAAUUCAUUUUAAUUAGUAUUGAGUCUGCGAAAAGAUACUAGAAUUCUUUUAGCGGGUUAGAACGUUUCUGAACACUCCGUAAAUCAUAGAAAACCAUGUCUAUUGAGUAUUACAAUGAAGUGUCAUGCUAAGAGAUAGUAUUUAUACGAUAGUGAGAUUAAAUAUAUUGUUAUGUAGUACAAAGCUUUAUUAUGUGUUAGUGAUUCUUUGAGAUAGAUGGAACCAAAGAAGGAAUGUUCCCAAGUAAGAAAUAAGAUUACCGCAACUGGUACAGCUAAAUGUUUGAAUAGUUGAAAGGAAAGAGGAGAUGAAAUAUUAGGGAAUUAAUUAAAAAAAAACGUAUAUUUAUUAUUCGUUACAGGGAUACGUGAGCUUUAGUGUUACGUACCAGUCUGUUCUGUCGUCAUGAAUUAACGAAGAAUCAUCAGAGUUAUCAAAAUUUUCCAGCUUCCUAGGUGAUCUUCUUUUUUGUUUGGAAAUUUUCUCAAUUUAUUUCAUUUCAUUUUAAAAAUAUUAGGAUAGUAUUGUUUCUUUAGUAUAACGAUAGUAUAUGGUCUGAGUGGCCUGAAUCUUUAAGUAAACGUGAAGAAUAUGCUUUGAAAACGAUCCGUGAACUUGAAAGAGACCGUAUAGAAUACUAUGUAUUUGUUCAAUAUAUAUUUGAUCAACAAUGGAAAGACUUGAGAAAAUAUGCCAAUAGUUCUAAAAUAAAAAUAAUUGGUGAUAUACCUAUGUAUGUUGAUUAUGAUUCAGCUGAUGUUUGGUCAAAUUCUUACAUGUUUCAAUUAGAUCACAAUGAUACAAUGAAACCAAUUUUUGUUGCAGGUUUUCCAUCUGAUCAGGGUUCAAAUAAAGGUCAAAAUUGGAAUAUGCCAAUAUAUGAUUGGAAUAAUGAUAAUGUCAGAAAAGAUUUAUUUGAUUGGUGGAUAAAACGUUUACGUAGAAAAUUAUCAACUGUUGAUUUUCUCAGAAUUGAUCAUUUUCGUGGUCUAAUAUCACAUUAUGUUAUUCCAGUUGAUAUUAUAACACAAGAACCUAAUACUACAGAAGCAUAUUGGGUUAAAACACCUGGUCAUGAAUUCUUGACAGCUAUAACAGAAUCACUUGGUUCACAUAUUCCAAUAAUUGUGGAAGAUCUAGGUGAUCUUAAACCAGAAGUAUUUGAAUUACGUGAUCAUUUUCACUUAUGUGGUGUUAGAAUUUUACAAAUGGGUUUUUACUCUGAUUCAACUAAUAUUUAUGCUCCUCAUAAUUAUAUUCCAAAUUCAGUGGCAUAUACAGGUAGAGCUCAUGAUAAUCCAACAAUAUUACAAUGGUGGACCGAAGAAGCAUCCGAUAAAGAAAAACAUCAAUUUAUUGAUUAUAUCCGUCGUCCUGUUGAAGGUGAUAAAGAACUAAUCAAUGGUUUAGAAUUGGAAAAACAUCUUGAUAAACAUAUUUGUUGGUAUUUCAUACAAAUUCUUUUCCAAUCAGCUGCAAAUGGAGCAAUUAUUCAAAUGCAAGAUCUUUUAAAUAGUUUAACAAGAAUGAAUAUACCAGGAACAGGUAACCUAUAUCGUCACAAAUUAUAG